CCGCCGGUAGGGCGGAGGCGUGUCCUCCGCUGGAGCCCCAGAAGCAGGCCAGCCCCGAGGAGCGGCGCAGGGAGGCAGCGGAGGCGGCGCCGACGGCGUGCCCUGACCUCGCCGCCAGGAUGCCCAACAUCAAGAUCUUCAGCGGCAGCUCCCACCAGGACCUCUCGCAGAAGAUCGCCGACCGCCUCGGCCUCGAACUCGGGAAGGUCGUCACCAAGAAGUUCAGCAACCAGGAGACGUGCGUGGAGAUCGGCGAGAGCGUGCGGGGCGAGGACGUGUACAUCGUGCAGAGCGGCUGCGGCGAGAUCAACGACAACCUGAUGGAGCUGCUCAUCAUGAUCAACGCUUGCAAGAUCGCCUCGGCCAGCCGCGUCACCGCCGUCAUCCCCUGCUUCCCUUACGCGCGCCAAGACAAGAAGGACAAGAGCCGGGCCCCAAUCUCUGCCAAGCUGGUGGCAAAUAUGCUCUCGGUUGCUGGGGCAGAUCACAUCAUCACUAUGGACCUGCAUGCUUCUCAGAUCCAGGGCUUCUUUGAUAUCCCUGUGGACAACCUGUAUGCAGAGCCUGCCGUCCUGAAGUGGAUCAAAGAGAACAUUGCAGAGUGGAAGACCUGCACGAUCGUCUCACCUGAUGCUGGUGGAGCCAAAAGAGUGACUUCCAUUGCUGAUCGGCUGAACGUGGACUUUGCCCUCAUUCACAAGGAGAGGAAGAAGGCAAAUGAGGUGGACCGCAUGGUGUUGGUUGGAGACGUGAAAGACAGAGUGGCUAUCCUUGUGGAUGACAUGGCAGACACCUGUGGUACGAUCUGCCACGCCGCAGACAAGCUGCUUUCAGCCGGAGCCACCAAAGUAUAUGCCAUUCUGACUCAUGGGAUCUUUUCUGGGCCAGCCAUUUCCCGGAUCAACAAUGCCUGCUUCGAGGCGGUCGUAGUCACAAACACGAUCCCCCAGGAGGACAAGAUGAAGCACUGCCCUAAAAUUCAGGUAAUCGACAUCUCCAUGAUCCUAGCCGAGGCCAUCAGGAGGACUCACAAUGGCGAAUCAGUUUCUUACCUCUUCAGCCAUGUUCCUUUAUAACAGUCAAUGCUGCUGCUUGUGUAGUUUUUUUUUUUUUU